UAGUCUUAGUGUACAGGUUUGGAAGAAGAAGAGAGUUUGAGCCUUGAGCUCCACGACAACCUCUGGGAGCCACCCAGCCAGCAUUGGCCGCAAUGGUGGAGCUGCUGUCCGCCGGUUUCUCAGACCUGGCGCCGUUCCUGGCGGCGGCGGUGGCGCUCUACUUCCUGGCCGAGCAGCUCUCCUACCACCGCAAGAAGGGCCCCCUGCCAGGCCCUCCUCUCGUGGUGCCGUUCCUCGGCAGCGUGGCGCGCAUGGUCCGCGACCCGACCGGGUUCUGGGACGCGCAGGCGGCGCGGGCUCGCGAGUCCGGCGCCGGGCUCGCCGCCGACUUCCUCAUCGGCCGCUUCAUCGUCUUCAUCCGCGACUCGGAGCUGUCCCACCGCGUGUUCGCCAACGUCAGGCCCGACGCCUUCCACCUCAUCGGCCACCCGUUCGGGAAGAAGCUCUUCGGCGACCACAACCUCAUCUACAUGUUCGGCGAGGACCACAAGGACCUGCGCCGCCGGAUCGCGCCCAACUUCACCCCGCGCGCUCUCUCCACCUACGCCGCGCUCCAGCAGCGGGUCAUCCUCGCCCACCUCCGCAGGUGGCUCGACGAGCAGAGCAGCGCCGGCGCCGGGGCCAUGCCGAUGCCGAUCCGGGUGCCCUGCCGCGACAUGAACCUGGAGACCUCCCAGACGGUCUUCGUUGGGCCGUAUCUCACCGAAAAGGCGAGGGAGCGGUUCGCCAAGGACUACACGCUCUUCAACGUCGGCCUCAUGGCCAUGCCCGUGGACCUCCCCGGGUUUGCGUUCCGGCGCGCGAGGCUGGCCGUGGCCCGGCUGGUGCGCACGCUCGGCGCGUGCGCGCGGGCCAGCAAGGCGCGGAUGCGCGCCGGCGGGGAGCCCGAGUGCCUGGUGGACUACUGGAUGCAGGAGACGCUGCGCGAGGCCGACGAGGCCGCGGCGGCCGGGCGUGAGCCGCCGGCGCACACGGGCGACGAGGAGCUCGGGGGGUUCCUCUUCGACUUCCUCUUCGCCGCCCAGGACGCGUCCACCUCGUCCCUCUGCUGGGCGGUGUCCGCGCUCGACGCGCACCCGGACGUGCUCGCCCGCGUGCGCGCCGAGGUGGCCGCGGCCUGGUCGCCCGAGUCCUGCGAGCCCAUCACCGCCGAGAAGAUCCAAAACAUGAAGUACACGCAGGCGGUGGCGCGCGAGGUGAUCCGGCACCGGCCGCCGGCGACGCUGGUGCCGCACGUGGCCGGGGAAUCGUUCCAGCUGACGGAGUGGUACACGGUGCCCAAGGGCGCCAUCGUGUUCCCGUCGGUGUACGAGUCGUCGUUCCAGGGGUUCCCGGAGGCGGAGGCGUUCGAUCCGGACCGGUUCUUCUCGGAGGACCGCAGGGAGGACGUGGCCUACAGGCGCAACUUCCUGGCCUUCGGCGCCGGCGCGCACCAGUGCGUCGGGCAGCGGUACGCGCUCAACCACCUCGUGCUCUUCAUGGCGCUCUUCGUCUCCGUCGCCGACUUCCGCCGGGACCGGACGGAGGGCUGCGACGACCCCGUGUACAUGCCCACCAUCGUGCCCAGGGACGGCUGCGCCGUGUACCUCCAGCAGCGGUGCGCCAGAUUCCCGUCCUUCUGAUCUCGUCGCGUCUCCGUCUGUCUGUCUCUUUGUCCCCUUGCUCCCCCCAACGCUCCGUUUCGUGUUUUGUUUCUCUUUUCUCCUGUUAUCCGGUCGUGCCGUGCCGAUGUGAUGAUGAUUUGUAGGCACUGGUCAGCCGGUGCGUUGUUGUCCAGUGGGGGUUGGUCCAUUCAUCGAUUGUUUCGUUUGUUAUUGGUUUCGUAGACUGGCAGAAUACAAAUGGGUUUGGUUUGGUUGCUGUGGACUGUGGUGUACUGCAGGUAGUGUUAAAGUUAAACUGGUCAUACUCAUCAUAUCUGAAAUGGAAUUGCUCGAUUGGCUUGGGUCGA